GAGCGAGGUAUGGGGCAUCAUCAUCCUCUUCCUGUCUGCGCUGCUUGCGCUUAUGUUUUAAACCUUCCGAGCUUUUGCUGUGGCGACGAGCCGCGCAGCUUGACUGCGAAGGUCUCCCUUCAUCCCUUCUUCUGCGCAAUCUCUCACCAAAUUGUUUGGUGCAGUUUUUAAGGGAAUCCGGGAUUGCCAUAGGUGAAUCAUCUAAUUGCAGAAUUUACACUUCUCACUCCUCUCUCUCUCUCUCUCGUAUCAUUUCUAUCUCCGAUGCUUUUGCUGUCUCUCACGGGCGAGAAUGUCACUAGAGCUAGGACUCGUGUGUAAGCGUUUAGUUCCUGUUGUUUAUAAAUUGCGACGAACGACGAAGUUGUAAUUUAUGCAGCUUUUUGGUUCGGAUAAGAGCUGGCGGUGUAGUGCGAGUUUGAUGUUUUGGUGGCUGCAAGUCGAAUUCAGCCUGAAUUGUGGCCAUGGAGUCGCGGCUCUUGCACGCGGGCUGUGUGGCCUUGCCGCGACCUUGCCUUGUGGUGCCUAGUACUAGGAAUGGGGUGAGUUACCAGCAAAGUCGGCAGGCAUUUCGCGUUGCAGCACAGAAGUUUAUGAAGAGUAUGACUUCCCGACACGGGACAUCUGUUCUCAGGGGGGAGAAAAGAAAGCAUUCGAGGUCCGUGGGCGUCGUCGUAGCUUGCCAGAGGCCCGAUCAAGAGGUUGCAGAGGAUGUGGAGACUGCGGAGAAUGCGGGAAGAGAGUCUGCAGCUGCUGGAGUCGGCAAGCAGCUACAAGACUAUGUACAGAGUUGCAAAAAUUCCUUGUCGGAAAGGAGUGAGAACAUUGAGGCUGAAAUUACUCAAAGGCUUGGUAUAAACGAGCCCUUUUCUCAUUACAUGAAAAAGAAAGGCAAGGAGAUAAGGACUGAGAUGGUGGGCACUGCGGAGUCUGUAUACAGCACUGUAGUUUCGAUAUCUAACCAACCCGUUGUCAAACGAUGUCUUAUUGGAUUUUUCGUAUUUUAUGCCUUCUCUAUGUUGUGGGCUGCACGUAUUUUGAUGUCCAACAAGAAGUCCGAAGAGGCAAUAGAUCAGUCCGGAAGGGAACCGCGGCUUCAGAAGCUGAGAGUAGGAGCUCGAGGUUCUGUGAAUGUGACAGCACCACUCGAGCACGCAGAGACGAAUUUGAACGGUAGGACAGUAACGUCAGUCAACGAUGAGGAAUUUCAGCUUAAGGUGCGAAAAAUCCAGGAAAUGGCCCGGGCGGUUCGAAUUGCGGAACAGGGAGUAUUUUCUCCUUCCGAAAGUGCAUUUGUAACGAUUUCUGGUAAGAGAUCGGAUCUGGGGUCGGAGCAGCAGCAGCAGCAGUCAAUUCUUACCAACAAGGAAGAUUUACAGAAGGAGAAUAGUCAGGAAGAAAAGCUCGUGGGUGACGAUGCAGGCAAAGAGCAAGCCAAAUUCGCAGAGAAACGAGAACCCCACCUUAACCUUAAACCACAGGAGGGACCAUUCUCAACUCAGACUUCAAUAACUGGAGUUGAAGAUAAUAAGAAUUUCGGAGUUUCAGAGGCUUUGCAAAGCAAGGUUGCAAGCGAGGACGUUGCGAAGAAUGGUAGUGCGAAGAACCCGCUCAAGGGUGACAUAAAUUCAAGUGUUGUCUCUAAAUCUUCGCAGUCAAAUAGCACUGGUAGGCUUCACCCCUCCACCCGGAAUGACUUAGCAGAUAUUUCUAUUGAUGGGUCACCGACAUCAUCAAUCUCGGGCGCGACGAAGCUGCCUGGUAAUGACAAUGCAACGCCUAAUCUUAACGGUGCGGCAAGAGAAAUGCCGCCAGUUGGCAUUCAACCGCAGAAGUUUAAAUCCAUGCGUGUGAUUACGUCUCCGGAGGAAGCCCGAGCUAGAAUUGCUGCUAGAAAGGCCAAGGAUGGAAGUAUUGCUGCCAAGGGAAUCUCUGCAAGCUCAACAAGGCCUAAGUUUCCGAAGAUCAAGACUCCUGCAGUAGUGUCGGGAGAAGGCGAUUUACGGACCGAUUCCAAAUCCAAGGACAAGGGAUCGCAAAGUAGUGGCCCAACGGAUGGGAACAGAGGAAGUUUGAAGUCCUCGCUGUCGCAGGAAGAGAGUCCGAACCCAAAGUCAGAGGAGCAGCAGGAAGAAGAGGGGUGGAUGCGUGAUGAAGUGUUGCGACGUAUUGUGCUGAAAGUCCGUGAUAACGAAGAGGCUGGUCGCGACAGCUUCCAUGGUCUGAACUCAGAGGAGGAGCAACUGUUCUUCAAAGGGCUCGAGCGCAAAUUUGAGCGUGAAGGAGAAGCGGUUAAGACGUGGAUCCAGGAUCGUGUGGAGAAUCUGGAUUAUGGGAUUGGCGGUGUGGGACUUGAUGACCCACCCGAAACGUUUGUGCCUAGAUGGAAAGAUCAGGAAAAUGCUGAUACCAAAAAGUUCGAAAAAUUUCAAGAAGACCGCAAACGGAUUCUUCAGCAGCAAAUGGGCAUCUCAACACCUUCUCCUCCCUCCUCUCCUUCGUCCUCUAGCCCAUCUUCUGCUUCGGAACCUCCUGAAGUUGCCCCCACCAUCUCUGCAUCAAAACCUUCGUCAUCUUCCGCAGAUUCUGUUGCCAAGACGAGCACAAAAGAGACUUCUACCACAGUCGUAUCAAGGGAGAGGCUGCAGUCGAAUGGGAAUGCUUCAGGCAGCAAGACCAUUGUGACGAGUACGGGCAAACAACCCAAAUCUACCUCGCGUGAAUGGCAACAUACGAAGAAGUGGGCUCAAGAGCUUCAAAAAAAGUACGAUCUAGAGACUGAUCCAGAGCAGCGUGCAUUAAUGGAAGAAGUUGGCCAGGACCUAGACAGAUGGAUUACAGAGGAUGAGAUAGAAGAGGCGACUAGAUUGUUGUCGAAAGGGGUAGCAGGGGAGCAAGAGUAUGUUAAGAUGCAUUAUGAGAAGACGAGGGAGAAGAUUAAAAAGCAACAUGAGAUGUUUGGAUCAGAGGGAAUGCUCAACAAGUACGGGGAGUAUAAGGAAACGAAGAAGGAGGUUGAGUUGUGGUGGUUGGAUCUACCUUAUGUCCUGUGCAUUGGGCUCACGCAAUCAGAUUCUUCUGAUGGUGGUGAGCCCAGGCAAGGUUUCUAUUCGUUAGAUAUGACUCCAGAUUUUUCAGGGAUUGUGGGUCAGGGCAAACUAGAGCGGACGUAUAAUCACACCAUAGCCUUUCAAGAUCCUAAAGAUGCUUCCAAUUUUUGUGGAUUGUUGCUCUCGGAGCGGUACAUGGCAGAUGUGAUCCCCAUUCUUCCGAAGGACCUUUACCAGGAUGUCAAGCAGGAGGGGUUUAAGGUUACCGUGAUUAAGAAGGGACAGCUGGGACUUAAGCCUGGACAAGCCUUGGAAGAUGUGGAGCAGCGAUUGAUAGCAAUUGGUAGCUCUGUGUACUGGGAGGAACUUGAACGGGCGCGCUCCAUUGACAUGGAUGCAGUUCUUGAUGAAGGCUUGGGGUAUGGUAGGCCAUCGCGUUAGUUUUGCUGGUUUGAUUAAGAGUAGGUCAAGUUGAGUUCUCUUGUAAUUUUGAAAAGUGACAACAGCACAUGUCCAAAUCAUGGAAGUUUCCUCGGUGCCCUUAUUUCUGAGCACUUUCCUUGACCUAUCUAUGAUCGAAAGUGCUGAUUUAUUUUUAUUUGAUUUUUCUUAAUUUUGUA